GGUUGACGCGCGCGCCCCCCGGUGACGUCACCGCCUAGCCCCUCCCCCAUCAGUCUCGUAAAUGGCGGCCGAGUGAUUGCCGGGCCCAGGCUCUGCCGCGUCCCCCUCCUCCUCCUCCCCGGCGUCUCCCCCUCGGCUACCUCGGCUGCGUCUCUCCUCGGCUGCGAGUGCCGCCCGCCCGCCCGCCCGCCUCCCCGUCAUGACCGUGCUCCAGGAGCCCGUGCAGGCUGCAAUUUGGCACGCCUUGAAUCACUACGCCUUCCGAGAUGCCGUCUUUUUGGCCGAGCGUCUCUUCGCCGAAGUUGCAUCAGAAGAAGUGCUGUUCCUCCUGGCCACUUGCUACUACCGCUCGGGUAAGCCGUACAAGGCUUACAGCUUGCUGAAGAUGCACUCUUGUUCCACGCCGCAAUGCAAGCAUCUGCUGGCUCGCUGCUGUGUGGAGCUUGAGAAACUCGCAGAAGCAGAGCGCAUCCUGGCUGGAGGCAUCUUGGGGAAAGCCCGCACUUACGAGGAGAUAACGACCGAAUUUGGAGAUGCUGCGUGCUUCGUCCUGGCCACACUCGGCCAGAUCUACAUUAAAACUGAGCGUACCACAAAAGGUGCAGAGUGCUUCCAGAAGAGCCUGGGCUUAAAUCCCUUCCUGUGGUCACAAUUUGAGGCCCUCUGUGAUAUAGGUGAAAAGCCAGACCCGGACCAGAUCUUCAGAUUGUCGUCAUUGCAGAACUUUGGGACCUGUCAAUCCAACUACCCCACACCGUGUGGCAAUGCUGGGUCUCGUGUGCAGGAAACUCCGGUCAUGGAGACCCCACAGGACACCUUGGAACUGAACCGGCUAAACCUGGAGUCGUCGGUAGCGUCGCGACACGCACCACUCACACCGUCUGCCUCGGGCUCCGUCAUCGACGUGUCGGUCAGCUCCGAUUCGGUGGGACUGCUGACGGGAGACCGCAGCCUCAUGUCCCGCCCGCCCCGAAUGCGUGCGCGGGGCACGUGGAGUAUGCUGACCGGCUCCGCCAGCCCUCUCACCCCCAGCUUUGGGGUUCUGCCCAUGGACACUCCAAGCUCGGCAGACUCCUCUGUCCUGUCAGGCAUCACGCCUACUUCCACAAUGAUCGAAACUGGGCCUGUCUCUGCUCCAAAGAAGACACUGACUCGCCUCGGUCAGGGAGUGAAGCCAGUGUUUAGCCAGUCUGGUAACAGCCGUGAAGUCGGAACAAACGCUCUGACCCAGAGUUCCACUCCUCCGUCCAGUACUACCCAAGUGCUCUUCCCUACGAGCGGUGCUCCUGCCAACACGUUCACCAACGCUCCCCCGCGGAGGAGCUCACGCCUGUUUACUAGUGCCAGCUCAACCGCCAAGGAGAACAGCAAGAAGCCAAAACUGAAGUUUGCAUCGCCGAGCAAGUCGCUCAGCCGCAAGCCAAAGAGCAGGAGCAGCAAGGGGGGCCUGGUGCAGCCCAACCUCGGCGAGAACCUGGACGGCACUAAGCCUGAGCCUGGCCAAAUCGCGGAGAGGCUGAACCCUGCACAGGCCGUCACGCUGCAAAAGGCUGCGGCGGAAGGGCUAAUGAGCCUCCUCAGGGAAAUGGGGAAGGCCUACUCUGCACUGUGUUCGUACAACUGCAAGGAGGCCAUCAACUUGCUGAGUGAACUCCCACCCCACCACUAUCACACAGGCUGGGUUCUGGGUCAGCUUGGAAAGGCACAUUAUGAGUUGGCAGAGUACACACAGGCAGAAAAGAUAUUUCUAGACUUGAGGCACAAAGACCCAACGCAGCUGGAAGGCAUGGAGACAUUCUCCACCACUUUGUGGCACCUCCAGCGGGAUGUCGCUCUCUCUGCCCUGGCUCAGGACCUGACCGCUGUGGACAAGAACUCUCCACAGACGUGGUGCACAGCGGGCAACUGCUUCAGCCUGCAGCGUGAGCACGACGUUGCCAUCAAAUUCUUCCAGCGAGCGAUCCAGGUGGACCCCAGCUUUGCCUAUGCCUACACGCUGCUGGGCCAUGAGCUGGCGCUCAUCGAAGAGCUCGAGAAAUCCCUGGCGUGCUUCCGCAACGCCAUCCGCAUCAACCCUCGCCACUACAAUGCAUGGUAUGGCCUGGGCAUGAUUUACUUCAAGCAAGAAAAAUAUAGUUUGGCAGAGGUUCACUUCAGGAAGGCGUUCAGUAUAAACCCGCAGAGUUCAGUGCUGCUUUGUCACAUUGCUGUGGUGCAGCAUGCACUGAAAAAAUCUGAUGCAGCCCUUGAGACCCUCACCAGAGCCAUCAACGUCGAGCCCAAAAACCCACUGUGCAAGUUCCACCGUGCCUCCAUCCUCUUUGCAAAUGAGAAGUACAAGGCGGCCUUGCAAGAGCUCGAGGAGCUGAAGCAGAUUGUACCCAAGGAGUCACUGGUGUACUUCCUCAUAGGCAAGGUUUACAAGAAGCUGGGUCAGGGCCACUUAGCCCUCAUGAACUUCUCAUGGGCCAUGGACCUGGACCCCAAGGGAGCAAACAACCAGAUCAAGGAGGCAAUUGACAAGCGGUACCUUCCGGACGAUGAUGAACAGGGCCAAGAUUCGGCCAUGCAGGACCCCAUGGACUUCAACGAGAAUGCGGAGGGGUUUGACUCUCACGAGAGCAACAUGACGGACGCGGAGGACACUCAGCUGCAUGCGGCAGAGAGCGACGAAAGCCUGUGACGGUGCCCAGCACCAUCUGGGGUGAGGCUAGGCCACGACUGAGCCACGCGCUGCACGACCCAAAGCCGGCGGUGCUAUUAAAAAGGGGUCUCGCUGACAGUUCCGGCACAUCGUGUCUCCCAGCCCGGGUCUGCCUUCACGAGAUGUUUCAUGCAACGUGCAUCCCCAGAGUUCAAGAACGUUGCUUAGGACACGUUUGUGGCUAUGGGUGUCUCGCAGCUUUGAGAACAUUGACAUGUGCCCUUGUACGAUGACUGCAAGCAACCAUUUAAUUGUAAAAUAGCCCCAAACAUGCUUAUUGACUAGUCAUGUUUGAGAUAAUGGGAGAGCCAUUUCAAUGCGAUUUGGCCUCCAUGCUGUCUCUUUUAAUGUGAAGUGCAGUCAGUUGCUGCACCAAGCUAGUGGAUGUGGGUUUGUUUUAGCUCGCGUUAAAAGCAAAACCACUGAAGGUCAUAAUAUACUCAUCUUAAUAACAAUGAACUAAAUUUUAUUUCAAUAUGCUUGCUUAUGCUUCUGAUGGAUUCCAAUAUUGUCACGGUUUUUUUUGCAGUGGUAUAUCCGAUGUAUGUAAAUCUGUGCAUUUUUUUUUUACUGUGUAUCCACAACUACAAAUUUGGUGGGCUGCCAUCACACAUUUGUUCUCAUAUUACCACUAACUUCUCUGCGUGCAAGUGUAUGCUUGGUCAAUCUGUUCUGUGUGCCUGGUUCUGUGAUUUCUAAAUGUAAAUUGAACUAAAUUACGGCAAAUACAUGUUCAAGUUUUUAUUUCAAAGUCCAUUUAAUAAAGGAUAAAAUGCUGAGUAUAUGAAA